CCGCUAACGUCACAGUUGCUCGUGACGUAGCGGACGACGGAGGAUGAUGGAGAUGCGGUGAAAUAGCUAAGGACAUAUCAUCGACUCUGGUGUUUACCACUAGCUACACGUCGACGGACCAAUAUUGAGUUUUUAGUCACAGAACUGAAUACCAAAUUGCCUUCUACUAUCAAGAGAUAGCCAGCCUGCUGGAUGGAGACCCAGGAAGAAUGACAGAGUCUCCUUCUCCUUGGGUGACACACCGACAGUUCCAGAAAAUGCACUGGGCCAGUGGAUAUGUUUUUCUGGUCCUGGCGUUCCUUAUCGUCUCUCACACCACUGGGGCCUUAUCUCUGGACACGGAUGGAAACCAUACGGAACCCAGCAAUGUGACAGACAGCGGAUUUGUCCCAGUUGUGUUCACAAAAGUUGGCCAGAUAAUUGCCCGUGAGGGGAAAAGUGUGCUGAUUGAUUGCAAUGUCACCGGAGAGCCGUUCCCCAGUGUUCAGUGGUUCAACUCCCAUGGAGACCUUCUGGACACGGAGAUGAAUGGUGAUAAGUGGUGGCUGCUGGACACUGGUGUCCUAAACAUCACCAGCAUUGAGUUUGCAGACCGUGGAAAGUACACCUGCAUGGCGUCCAACAUGCACGGCAGUUCCAACUGCACAGUGACGCUGCGAGUGAUCCUCUCCAACGGUGACAUGGGCGUGUACUACAUGGUGGUGUGUCUGGUCACCUUCACCAUCAUUAUGGCCCUGAACAUCACACGCCUCUGCAUGAUGAGCAGCCACCUGAAGAAGACCGAGAAAGCCAUCAACGAAUUCUUCCGCACCGAGGGCGCCGAAAAGCUGCAGAAGGCCUUCGAGAUAGCCAAGCGAAUUCCCAUCAUCACCUCGGCCAAGACGCUGGAGCUGGCCAAGGUGACGCAGUUCAAGACCAUGGAGUUUGCGCGGUACAUCGAGGAGCUGGCUCGCAGCAUCCCGCUGCCGCCGCUCAUCAUGAAUUGCCGCACCUUCAUGGAGGAGAUCCUGGAGGUGGUGGGCGUGGAGGAGAUGAGGCACACCUUUGUCAGACAAGCGCCCGAGGGAUGCCGCGACACAGUGAGCAGGGCCAUCGGGCCGAGAGACAUCUUCUCCAUCCUGCAGGAGAGGGAGCGGGAGAGACAGCGAGGGCAGGAGAGGGAGCGCAGCGACUCCCCCGCCGCCGACUCCGAGAACUCCUCAGUUCACGAGCAGCCGCAGCACAUCGCCAUCCAGGUGUCGGUCCACCCGCAGCUCGCCAUCGAGGGUUACUGCAGCAUCGACGAGCCACCUCAGCCGGAGGCCGCACCCUCCUCGCCUCCCCCCUCCUCCCCGCCACCACCCGCUCCCCUCGACCCCGAGGAGCAGCCUGAGGCCGAGGCCGAGGCUGAGGCUGAGGCCAAGCAGGACACCGAGCAGGCUGCGCCCGAAGCGACAGACGCAAACGAUACCCCUCCCUGCCAGGUGUUUUACGAGAGCCACGUGUGACGAGACAGGCAGACCCCGGAGGAACAAUAAACGAUCCUGCUAUGCAUUUCCACUUGAAAACAAGAAGAGGUCAACAUGACAUUUUUAAUUUCCCAUUUUGGAGUGAAACAAUCACAUUUUUAAUUUAUGUUUUCUGGAGGGACAAUCUCUUGAAACCUCUGUAGACUGUUCUGCUGACAAUAAAUCACGAGGGUCUCAUGAGGAAAUCAUGAGAGUCACUCUA